UCUCAAAGUUCUCGCGGCGUUCCAGAAAGGAUUUCCUUAUUAACAGCGCUCGAGAACUGUGACAUGAGCCUGAAACUUGCGACAGUGUUCUGUCUCUGUCUUCUUCUGUUGGAAACGUCCUGUUUCAAUAAGUUUGAGAUUACUGUUCCCAGUGGCACUGUCAUUGGCUCUUACAGCGAGGUGCUGAUCCUACCUUGCACUUUUCCUGUGGACAGUUCAUGGGAUCUGAUCAGCACCGUUAUUACCUGGCAGCAUGGACUGGACGUCAUUCACCGCUUCUACUACAACCAGGACCAGCUCGACCAUCAGAAUCGGCAUUAUGUCAACCGUACCAGUCUGUUCAUUCAGGAGAUAGCACAAGGCAAUGCAUCACUCAAGCUGGACAAAGCCAAUCUGCAGGAUACUGGUGUAUACACCUGCUCUGUCAGCACAAACACUGGCAGCCAGAAGAAGAGUUUUGGGGUGAACAUUGCAGCUUUCUACUCUGAACCUCGCCUGCAGUUCUCUCUGCUAACCGAUGGGGUCAAACUGCUAGUGACCUCCGAGCAGGGGUACCCCACUCCUACACUGAAGUGGCAGAUAGAAAACUCUGUAGACAUCACCAACCAGACACACACAGACCUCAUACAGGACACACAAACAGGACUUUACACAGUGUCUAGUUGGAUAAAACUCACUGAAAUCACCAACUCUACUUUGACAUUCAUACUGCACAACAAGCCACUGGGACAAGACAUCAGGAGAGAGAUUCAGCUGUAUUCAGAUAAGAGAAAGAGGCAUAGAAAGGCAGCAGACCGAUGUCAUGUAUUCUUCACUUUGAUCCCAGCUAUUGUGCUGCUGCUAGUCAUGAUGGGUCUAUUGUUUAGGUUCAUUAGAAGCAGAAGAAAAGAACAGACCAAACAAAACAAAACUGAGAUGGGAUUUUUGCCUGAAACCCAAGUUCUCAACGGAAAAGUUUAAUAUGGUCACAACAGUUCUGCUGAUCACAUUAACCAAUGACAAAUAUCUUUUUACAAAUAAGGACUUUCUGUGAUGUACAUGACCGACAAUAAUAUAGAGAUGAUUAUUAUUUAGCUUUAAUGCUUAUAGUACAAUUUUUGUGUUUUAAAUAAAUUUUUAUAUAGUCUUUAUUUUUAUAUUUUAAAUUAUUUCUUGACCAUAGCAUCUUUUUACAAAUAGAACAAUGUAUUAGUGCUUUACGAUGCACUAUUUUAGUUAACAUUUCAAUCCAUCAAUAAGUUAUCUACAGUAUAAAACACAGAUGAGAGUAUUAUUUAUCUCCCACCUAAACCAGAUCUACUUCUUGGUGCUUGCAAAUUAAUUUGUACUUGGUCUCAAAACUGAUUUCAAUUGAAGAUUGUGGAGAAGAAUUUUUAUAUAUUCUCAGUAAUCAUAUCAUUGUGCCAUACUUGCAGCUUUUAGUGUUACAAUAUAAAAUAAUGAGAUCUAGCUCUAGUGCAGAGGCGUUUCCAGCAUUGAAGGACAUCCGGGGCUUAGCCCAGACAAUUUUAUUUUCACACUAGCAACCACUUCUCUGUUGUCCAAAGCUGUUGAGAGGGUAUUCUUUGAGUUUUGCUCUGGCUGGGCCUGUUUCUACAGUUCCUAAAUCUUCCACUCUAGUACAGGUGAAACUCGAAAAAUUAGAAUAUCGUG